AUGGGCCGCUUCACGACCAUGAUCCUGUCCUGCCUCCACAAUCUCCUCAUCCAACUCCCCCAGAAUGGCUACCACAAUAUCUCGCGUGUCAUGCAGCCCCAGAUCCGAAACAUAUCUGAGAGUCUCACCAUUGCAAACUCCACCGCGCGGCGCAGUGCCGCCGCCCGCAAGGAGAAUGGGAUAGAAUUACAGACGUUGGCGCCGAAGGCCUCGGUCCGAUAG